UCAGGAUUCUUUAGGUCUUUUACUCUGCCAUCAUCUCUAUUUAUUCUUUUUCACUUCAAAUGUUGCUUUUAUUUUCUUCAAAUGGCUAGACAUUGAAGAGUCUGUCAGGUCUAAAAUGCAAUGAAAAGCUAGUAGCAUGUCCUUGUUAGGAUGCCGAGUAGUUCGCGGUCCAGAUUGGAAGUGGUCUGAMCAAGAUGGUGGCGAAGGCUGUGUGGGCACUAUUGUAAGUCUUGAAAAUUUCGCUGAUGGACGAAAACUGCCUACGAAAACUGCUCUGGUGUGUUGGGAUACUGGCGGUGUUGCAGACUAUCGAAUUGGUUUGAAUGGAUGCUACGAYCUACGGGUCUUUGACUCGGCAUCWGCAGGUGUUUCAUCUCCUGCUUUUACCUGUGAUGGCUGCUCRCAGUCCAACAUUGCUGGCACUCGUUGGCAUUGCACUGAGUGCUUUGACUUUGAUCUUUGCAAAGUAUGUUACAUGAAUGAUGUUCAUGAUAAAGAUCAUGUGUUUGAGAGAUUUCACAAAUCAAAUGAUCGAACCAAUGGGACCAAAGUCACUCCCCGCUCUAAAGCAACAAWAAUUCGUGCCAAGGGUCUUUUUCCUGGAAGUCAGGUCAAGCGGGGGCGAGACUGGAGUUUCGAUAGUGAAUUAGGCAAUAUGACUGGUCAUGUCGUUGGUGUUACGGCAUGGGAGAAUGUACCUAGAAGUGCUGUCAUUGUGAAGUGGGGCAUGUCACUAGAAACCCCACAUAGAGUUGGAUACCAGGGCAAAGUGAGUGUGUCAUUGAUAUUAUUAUCCAUCAAACUAUGGGCUAUAAUGAACCCAAGCAUUCAGCAAACUAUCUGUCCUGCACUGCUAACUCACAACAUUAGCAACAACUAUAUAGUGAUGACAAUAGCAACAUCAACUGUUAAACUUUCAGCCAUUGGAAAAGUUGGCAAGAUUGCCAAAAUUGACGAAGAUGCUGAUGUCCACGUAGACUUUGGUAUGAUGAGGUGGGCAUUUCAUCCUGAAGCGAUAGUGAAGGUUCGAGAUUUACGACCUGGUGACAAAGUGAGAGUACUAAAUGAUAGGGAUCUUGUAAUUAAGUACCAAGAGGGCCAUGGCGGCUGGAACAAUGGGAUGCAAGCGGCUCUUGGUCAGCAAGGCAAAGUAAUUGAUGUCGAUAAAGACGGUGACGCAAUCGUYAACGUAACCAAUCAGCGAUGGUUAUUUAAUGCGGCGGCUCUUGUACUUGAGUCCAAGGAGGAGGAACGGCAGCCUCCUGGGGUGAGAACAGGAACGGCGAAUUCAGUAGUUGAAGUGUUGAAUGCCUUACUUGAAGGCUUAACCUCAAAGUUAGUAGACGGACAUGGCGUAGAGCAACUCGUCCUGGCUUCAACUCUAGGUGAUCUUGACAAAGUAAAAGAAAUCAUUCAGGGUGAUAAGAGUUUGUUGAACCAGAAAUCUGGUGGCCAAAAGACCGCUUUGCAUGUUGCCUGCCACCAAGGAAACCCUGAGAUAGUCUCCUUCUUACUCGAAAAUGGUGCUGAUAAAGAUAUAAGGGACGAAGGGGGUUAUUCAGCACUGCAUCAUGCGGCUUAUGGGGACAAGUCGGGCGCAUGCGUAGUGAUCAUGCUCAGUGCCAAUGCCAAUGUGAACGUGAUUGACGGUACGGACAAAACGAAGGUUACACCACUCCAUCUUGCCAUCCAGCAAAACAACGAAAAAGCAGUGACUGCACUCACACAGUUUAGACACUGUGAUGUCAAUGUGCAGGACAACGCUGGUGACACGCCAUUGCAUUGUACCAUACUCCUUGGUCAAUCAAAGAAUGCUAAGGCCAUUUUAGAGGCAAAACGCGACGAACUUGAUCCUUCAAUUUUUAAUGACAAAGGCUUCAAUGUUCUUCAUCUUGCUUGCGUGAAGAACUGCACCGAGGUCGCAGAGAUACUUAUAGAAAAAUACCCUGGUCUGGUGGAUAUGAUAAAGGAGGAUGGAUUUUCCGCCUUACAUCUAGCUGCGCUGAAUAAUCGCUGCCGGAUUGCAAGGAAGAUAAUUCUAUCUGGUCAUUGUAACAUUAAUCUCAAGAACAAGGAGGGUAGGACAGCACUGUCGAUCGCUGUAGGAGAAAGUGAUAAACCAAUGAUAGAGUUAUUGAUUGAACAUCAAGCCAACGUCAAUAUAGAAGACGACGAUGGUGAUACACCGCUUCACAUGGCUAUCAUGAAACAUUGCAUGUCAUUCUUAGGGCUUGACUUGGCUCAGUUGUUGGGCAAAGGUUCUACUUCAUGCGAAACCAAUGUCAAUUCAGCAAUUGCUCUGUUUCUUGUUUACCAAGGAGGUGCAGACGUUAACCACAGGAAUCACCAAGGCAAAACACCGAUUGAUCUAUGUAUCGAUAAAAAGCUGCAAUCCUUUAUCAUAGCAAGUACAAGGCAUAACAAUCCUUGUGAAGUAUCUUCGCAAAGAAGGACGAUACCGACAAAAGCACCCGUCUCUCCAUCUCCACGACCUACAUGCUUACCAUCCACUCGAACAGCCGUAAAAUCACCCCAACCGCCGAUGCCCACCCCUGCUGGAAUAGAUACACACCUACAAGGUUUACACAUAACCCCUAAAUCUCAAGAAGUAACGUCUUCAGCAAUUCCCGGCCCAACCAGUCCCGAGUCUGUUGUAACUCCAUGCCUUGCCGAUGAAGGGAGCCAACAGUUGCUAAACAUCGAGAGCGCUGGUGCUGCAAGGAAGCAAUCUAAUAACCAGUUUUCGUCUGAGAUAAAAGCACCGGCUGAACAGCCUGCUGUAAGAGCACACAACCCUAAUCAGCAGCUAAAGCAGGGUGAUCUCUGCAUGUACUGCAAGGAAGAAGCAGCUGCAGUUGUCUUCGAGCCUUGCAAACACAAAGUUGUUUGUCAGACCUGUUCAUUUAAAGCAAAGGAAUGUUUAAAGUGCAAAGCGGUGGUUGAAAAGAAAACAGUACCGGGCGAAGACCCUUACAGAUCUCUCACAGAUUUCAAGAAAAACUUCGAGGACAAGUAUAACGAACUAAAGGGAAAAUUCGACGAAAUGGAGCGCAUUGCAAUUUGUCAAAUUUGCAUGGAAUUCCCAAGCGAUGUUGUCUUCCAAAAUUGUGGUCACAAAAGUUGCCAAAGGUGUUCUCAAAGAUUGACAAAGUGCCAUACCUGCCAGCGAAAAAUUACCAAAGAGGAAAAAUUACAAACAUUUCAGAGUCGCGCUUUGUGCGUGNUGCUAAACAUCGAGAGCGCUGGUGCUGCAAGGAAGCAAUCUAAUAACCAGUUUUCGUCUGAGAUAAAAGCACCGGCUGAACAGCCUGCUGUAAGAGCACACAACCCUAAUCAGCAGCUAAAGCAGGGUGAUCUCUGCAUGUUAUGUGAGGAAGAAGCAGCUGCAGUUGUCUUCGAGCCUUGCAAACACAAAGUUGUUUGUCAGACCUGCUCAUUUAAACCAAAGAGAUGUUUAAAGUGCAAAGCGGUGGUUGAAAAGAAAACAUUACCGGGCGAAGACCCUUACAGAUCUCUCACAGAUUUCAAGAAAAACUUUGAAGACAAGUAUAACGAACUACAGGGAAAAUUCGAAGAAAUGGAGCGCAUUGCAAUUUGUCAAAUUUGCAUGGAGUUCCCAAGCGAUGUUGUCUUCCAAAAUUGUGGUCACAAAAGUUGCCAAAGAUGUUCUCAAAGAUUGACAAAGUGCCAUACCUGCCAGCGAAAAAUUACCAAAGAGGAAAAAUUGUUAACAUUUCAGUAGCGAAAAGACACUGUACACGUAGAAAGUCAUUCUGCUGGUCCACUAGGUUACUGUAAGCGCUUCUAUAUGAGGCUAAGCUGAAUUCGCAUUUCAUGCAAUAAUAAUAAUAAUCAGACACUGAGUACACCCAGCCUGAUUUGCGGCGUUUUAGGUACCAUGUAAAUAAGAGCACAAUCAGCCUGAAAAAUCAAAAUGUGAUCUUUGUGACAGGGGUUUAUUUUGACGCUUUGAAAUGUUAAGUUGUUUAUUUAUCGUCCCUUGGGCCUUGGUAGACUCUUUUAAGGAGUCGCGCUUUGUGCGUGAGAGAGAGUUCGACCGCGGUACCGGUCUUUUGAAUCUCAUGGGAAUGGGUGAAAACGAUCAAUAGUUGCUCGAGGAGUACGAAAACGUGAAUUCCACCCAGCUUUAGGAGGCGAGUUAGGCCCAUGAAAUAUAUGUAAGCGUGAGGAACAGAAUAAAACCUACGUCGCUACAUUAAAAAUAGAAAAUAACCUGCACAAGCUAAGCUUUUAUUAGUAUAUCAUUACUAGCAUUCCAUUAUUAUUAUUUCAUUGUUAUUAUUUAAUCAUAAUGGCUGCUGCAUAUAUUUUUGCAGUAGACAUUUAGAGUAGGUUUGUUGGUAGCAGUAGAAACUUUAAAGAACACGCUCAGGCUGAUUUGAAGCACACGUUCAAUAASAACACAAUCGGCCUGAACUUCAAGAAUGGAGGGGGGAGGGGAGGGGGGUCUUACUGUAUGUCAAAUAGAUGUAUUGAAAUGUUCUGCAGUUUAGGAUAUAUUCUCGGUUAUAGUAAUGGCAGCUCUUGAUGACAUUUUUAAGAGAGCAAACAGAAAAGAAUUAGCGACGCAUUGACAUCAAAGGCCAAAACCACAAAAAAAAACAAAAAAAAACUGGUUACCGGCAAAUAUAUCUUGGAUGUUGUCAAAAGUACUAGCCAUAUUAAUCCUUAUUGCUGUAACUAAUUUUACUUUCUGUCAWGUUUCGAAGAGAUGACAAGAUACAAGCAGGGGAAAGUUUUUAACAAAUUUCAAGAGGAUAUGAAGAAAACAGUCAAAAAUAGGUUACACAUUCACAAUGCACCUGUGAUCCCGGACGGAUUGUCCAAUGAUAAGACRCAUGGAAUAGCAAAUAAUAAAUACUAUGGGAACUAGAAAAGGAUGUCAGUUCAUUUAGAGCACUAUGCAUAGCCUACGAAUCUURGACUUCGAGCUAUACAAGAAUUCGAAUUGUUCUACCUAAAUAAAAGGUAUUUUUGUGGUUACUCUCUACUUGAUACAAAUAAUCGCCAUGCCAUUAAAUUGAAAAGUCAACAUU